AUGUACAGGGGCCCAGCAGGUGGUUCUGGACCGACCGGUGGCAGGGGACCCAAAGGCUUAAGGGGUGCAAUAGGGCCUGAUGGUGCAACAGGAGAGACGGGAUUAGAGGGAAAGAAGGGAAUCCCAGGGCCUUCAGGAACCUCUGGCGAUAAAGGAAUUCCUGGCGAAUCGGGCCCACUUGGACCACCAGGCCCUGUGGGGAUUUUAGGCGAAAUCGGUCACAAGGGUCCUCCAGGCAAAGAAGGUGAACCAGGUCUACCAGGGGAACCAGGCGAGAAGGGGGAGAAAGGUGACAUGGGUCAACAGGGCGAAACGGGAGAGAAAGGAGAACUCGGUUUGAAGGGAAAGGAAGGACUUCUAGGCAGUCCAGGACAUAUAGGAGUCAGGGGUGCUAAAGGUCACAUAGGUCAUCUUGGGGAGACCGGGACAGUUGGUAAAAUCGGCCCACCAGGUUUUGUGGGGCCCAAAGGAUCAAGAGGGACAACUGGACACGUGGGGGCUCCUGGUCGAAUGGGACAACAGGGAGAACCUGGCAUUGCAGGUUAUGAGGGUCAUCAAGGACCUUUGGGCCCAAUGGGACCCCCUGGACCAAAAGGUGAAAAGGGCGAGCACGGCGAUGACAGCAAGAUCGAAGGCCCUCCUGGCCCACCUGGUGAAAUGGGACCUCCUGGUGACAGAGGAGAAAGAGGGGAAUCAGGGGACCCAGGAUACAAAGGUCUAAUGGGUUUCGAUGGAGAAAGAGGCACAACAGGAGCUCCUGGAUUACCUGGUCAACCUGGACCCCGCGGACUACAAGGACCAAAAGGAUCAAAAGGAGCUCAAGGGCAAACAGGCAAAAAGGGGCUGAUAGGACAACAUGGAGUCAGAGGACAAGAGGGCGUUAGUGGUCCUCCUGGUUCUAAAGGUGUGGUUGGUCGUGAGGGCCAAGAAGGUCUCGCUGGAGCAGAUGGAACUCCUGGAAAGGAUGGCAGUAAAGGGAUGCCGGGAGAGCAAGGUGAUGAUGGAGUGUUUGGUCUUCCCGGCAAAUCUGGAUUACGUGGAAAGCCUGGUGUUACUGGACUUCCUGGUGAUCAGGGUGGCAUAGGUCCAAAGGGUGAGCGGGGUCUUAGAGGCCAAACUGGACCAUCUGGAAAGAAAGGCUUUCAUGGAGGAAUGGGGCUCCCCGGGCCUCCUGGGAACAUGGGACUGAAGGGACAGGCUGGUGAUCCGGGGGAAUCUGGUUUUCCUGGAAUCUUAGGGGAUUUUGGACCAAAGGGCCCUCCCGGUGACUUUGGUCCGAAAGGCAUCCGAGGACCCAAGGGGCCACAGGGUUCAAUGGGUCAUGGAGGAGUGAUCGGUCCUGUGGGAAUUGUUGGUCCCAGUGGAAGUGCAGGUCCUAGGGGAGAGAAAGGCAACCAUGGGGAGACUGGUUUUCAGGGUCCAAGGGGGUCUCCUGGACCUCGUGGACCCCCUGGACUUCCAGGCCGUCCAGCAAUCCCGACAUCCUUUAGAGAAGAUGGUGCUCUAUCAAUUCAUAUACGUGCUCCCCCGAAGACUGAGAGGAAUAAACCAAUGAUGGAUUUGCCGAUAAUAGACCAAAGUGCAGAGAUCUUCAAGACUCUUCACUACCUCAGUAAUCUGAUCCAGAGCCUCAAGAACCCCCUCGGUACUCAAGACAACCCCGCCCGCAUCUGUAGGGAUCUGCACAGCUGUGAACAGACACUAAACGAUGGCACUUACUGGAUCGACCCCAACUUGGGCUGCGCAUCAGAUAGAAUUGAAGUCUCGUGCAACUUUACUGGAGGAGGACAAACUUGCAUCAAACCAGUAACAGUAACUAAGCCGGUGUACACUGUGGGUCGUGUCCAAAUGAACUUCCUCCACCUGCUGAGCGCAGAGGCCGUGCAACACAUCAUUAUCCACUGCCUGAACUUCCCAGUCUGGAGGUCUGCCGACGGUCAGGCUCCUGGUCUCAGGUCUGUAAAGUUCAAAGCCUGGAGUGGAGAUGUGAUAGAGGCUGGAGGGGACCUGGAACCUGAAGUAAUUGAAGACACUUGCUGGAUCAAAGAUGGACGGUGGCACCAGACACAUUUUGUUCUCCACUCGCUGGACCCUGCUCUUCUACCUGUGGUAAACAUCUACAAUUUACCGAACCCCACUGCUGGUGCUCAUCACCACCUGGAGGUGGGGUCAGUGUGCUUUCUGUGA